CCUGUGUCCACCACCACCAUAACCUGCCAGGGAUUCCACUACUGUUGAUUUCACCCUAUCACAAUGUCGUCGGAGCAGCGUCGGGCACAAAUCGAGGCCAAGAAGGCUAAGCUGGAGGCCAUGCGCGCGGCGCGACAGCAGCGCACUCAGUCACGAGUGUCAAGCGCUUCCGAGACACCUCCAGCGGUGGCGAGCAGAGAGCUGGAUAAAGCUAAUAUGAACUUGCUGUUGGAGGAGAUCUUGGGUCCAGCAAGUGGGAGUGGAACACCGGCGCGCACAGGCAGCCCUUCAAUACCAGCGUUUGCAAGCUCGGGAAGAGACAGCCAGACCAGCAGCUUCCAACCAGAGCACUCUAGUCCUCGCGCAUCUCAUGCAGUAUCAUCUGGGACGGACCAUGUCAUCGAACGUGAGAUUAUGCCACGGAUCAUCGAUAUUCAGCAAGAUCUUUUCGAGCUGCCUCAAAAGAUACGGACAAUCGUGUACGAGAAAUCCACGCAAACGGUAGAGAUUGAAACGGAGGCCCCAGAGGUCCUCGAGGACAAGAUAAGGCAGCAGUUGCUGGACAAACAGGUGCAAGAGGCCGAACGGAUAGCGCACGAGAAGGCGCUUGAGGAGGAAUCGGCCAAAUUAGAUCUAGAGAUCGAGCAGGAAGUGCGCGAGCUUACCGAAGAGGAAAGAGAGACGUUCUUGUCGGAUCCCAAGUUCAUUGACUUCAUUGACGAUUCGACCAAAAUCUUCCAUCGAGUUUUGAAUGACCGUUAUAACUAUAUGAGUGACUAUACCCAGGGUGCCGAAACAGGAGGGGAUGACUCGGAAGGAAGACGAGUGAAGAAAGUAUGCGAAUUCUGGAGCGAGCGGUACGGAAAGAACCGUUCAAUCACGGAUGUGGACUGGUCUCCCAAGUUCCCCGAGCUCACCGUGGCCUCGUACAACAAAAACCAUGCAGCUUUAAACGAACCAGCGGGUAUCGUUGCCGUGUGGAAUACACAUUCUGUGGAGCGACCCGAGUUCGUGUUCCAUUCGCCGUCGGAUGUCUUGUCUGUUCUCUUCUCGCCUUUCCACUCCAACCUUAUUUUCGGAGGAACCUAUUCUGGGCAGAUUCUGCUCUGGGACAAUCGCUCAAAGCAUCUUCCCGUGCUUAAAACCCCGCUGUCUGCUGCAGGACAUACCCAUCCAGUUUAUGCUAUACAAAUGGUCGGCACCCAGAAUGCGCAUAAUUUGAUCACCAGCAGCACCGACGGGACUGUGUGCAGCUGGCUAGUCGACAUGCUGGCCCAGCCGCAAGAAACGCUGGAACUUGUGCAUGCUGGACACAACAAGACCGGCGAAGUUGCCAUCACAGCCCUUGACUUUCCCAACAACGAAACGACCACGUUUUGGGUGGGGACAGAGGAAGGGAAUGUCUAUCAGGCAAACAGAUAUGAUCGCGCUGGGUCCAAAGCAGGGUUGAAUCAGUACGAUGUCUACAAAGGUCACUCUGGACCAGUCAUGGGGUUACAUUUCCACCCACUAGCUGGCCCAGUCGACUUUUCUGACCUGUUUUUGUCUUGUUCCGUGGAUUGGACAGUCAAGUUGUGGCGUGCAAAAUCGCUGUCCAAGCCGUCGACGACGCCCCAUCCCAUCUCACCUCUGUAUUCGUUUGACGAAGCCGACGAUUAUGUGUACGAUGUGAAGUGGCAUCCCCAACACCCUGCCUUGUUUGGCUCCGUCGAUGGAUCGGGAAAAUUCGAUUUAUGGAAUCUGAAUGUCGACACCGAGGUUCCUGUUGUAUCAACAAGCGUCGGCACCGGCCGUGCCAUCAACAAAUUGCAAUGGAACAAGGAUGGGCGUCACGCCGCGUUGGGUGGGAGUGACGGGAAACUCUACGUCUAUGAUAUUGGGGACAUGUCCCUGUCUCGUGGCGAGGUUGAGUGGUCAGAGAUGCAGAAGGUUGUCGCUGGCGUUCAGACUGUCAAUGAUACGGCUCGAUGAUUAUGGAUCUGAGACGCGGGGCAAUGAGUUGAGGCUGAUACCUACAUGCACAUGCAGCAUAACGCUUGGUGAAUCAAUAUUACUGAUCACACAUCCCAUCUUAUCUAAUCUUAUUGUACCGUAUCUGCUCA